AUGUCGUUAUCUACGAUCCUCCAGCAUGUCAAGAAGAAGGGCCAACCGCCUCCACGCAAUGUGGGUACGAAAUCUGGUCCUAUUACAGCAUCAUCUUUAUCUUCGGCUUCACCUUCAGCAUCAAGUACUGUAAAAGGCCAUGCUUCCUUCAAAAAUGGCGAUAGAAAGGAAGUGGACCCCGUAGUAGCAAUGCUUAAAGAGAAGCGGCGUUUGGAACGAGAAAAGAAGGAACAAGAGAUGCGAGCUAAAAAGGGUUUGCCAGCCAAAAAGCCCGCUAAGGAAAGAGCUCCUAAACUGGGGAAAAGUGCAACCUCCAUCAAAUCUGCGAAUGGCCUAGCACAUUCUACAAAUUCUUCACGGUCUUUACACACCGGUCGUUCUUCAAAUUUGGCCAGGCUGUCCGCAUAUCCAGCCGAUAGCAGUGAACAGAAGCUGACAAAAAAGUUGAGUUUCAAUGAUUUGAUGAAACGAGCCUCAAAAAUUGACCAGAGCAAACUUUCCAUUACGUUAAGAAAUAAAAGUAAGUCUCCAGAAACGGCUACAGGGUCCGGUGCCAGUUCAUCUACAGUCAGGCCAGUGAAAUCAAAAUCUGUAACUCCGAAGUUGCUGGCAAAUCCAGCAUCCCGAGUCCCGACUCGAGUUCCGGACUCUAUAAAACCUGAUAUUUCUGCUUCUUCUGCUCCUGUUAGAACGCCUUUGCCGGUACGUGGGCCUUCCAGCAUGCUUGAAGCCAAAUUAAAGGAUAAGCCUACACUGAGAGAUAGAGAUAGAAAUAGAAAUGGCAGACAUACUUCACGUCCAUCGUCCCAUCAGUAUGCGGAUGAGUAUGAAUAUGACGACUCUGAUCUAGACUCGUUCAUAGCUUCGGAAGACGACGAAGAGGAACGUGACAGGUACUCGAGGCACGACGGGCAGGACUAUGAUCGUGACGAGAUCUGGGCCAUUUUCAACAGAGGCAAAAAGCGCAACUACUACAACCGUUUUGAUGAUGAUUCAGAUGUUGACGAUAUGGAAGCCACAGGUGCUGAUAUUCUUGAAGAAGAACAGGCUUCCAGACGCAGAGCAGAGUUGGAAGACCGUCGGGAAUUGGAAGAAGAGAAGCGGUUGGCUGCCCUUAAGAGAGCCCGCAAGCUGAAGAGAAACUAA